CUUGCAGGCUGUAGUGGUCCGCAGAGAGAGCAGCAACAACAACAACACCGGAGAGAAGCGGAGGAGUAGAGCGGAGAAAUGCUGCUCUCUUUUCGUCUGUGUAUAAAGCUGUAAUGUGCUGACCAGAAGAGACGCAUUUGAAGGACAUUCUGUUUGACCAAUAAGGAGGUGAAUUGAGUUCUUCAAAAGAGACGCAGACAGUGUCGGUGUCAGAAGCUUGGAAAAUAGUCUGCUUUCAGACGGUUUGGUGGUCGCAGAAGGGAUGGACUCACUUACUCAGCAGAGAAACUACCAAUGUGAACAGUGUGGAAAAAGUUUCAGUGACUCAAAUGUUUACAAGAGACACCUACGAAUCCACACUGGAGAGAAGCCACACCAGUGUGAUCACUGUAAAAGGGCUUUCGGUCGCUUAAGUAGUUAUAAGAGACACUUACGAGUCCACACCGGAGAGAAACCAUUCCAGUGUGAGCAAUGUGGAGAGAGUUUCACUUGGUUAAGUAGUUACAAGGACCACCAGCGUUCCCACACCGGAGAGAAGCCAUACCAGUGUGACCAAUGUGGAAACACUUUCACACGAUUAAGUAGUUAUAAAGACCAUCAGCGUGUCCACACUGGAGAGAAACCAUACCAGUGUGAUCAGUGUGAAAAGGCUUUCAGUCGCUUAGGUGAUUAUAAGAGACACCAGCUUAACCAUACUGGGGAGAAGCCACACCGGUGUGAACAAUGUGGGAAAAGCUUCUGUUUAUUAGGGGAUUACAAGAGACACCUGCGGAUCCACACCGGAGAGAAGCCAUACUGCUGUGAACAAUGUGGAAACAGUUUCACUUUAUUAAGUAGUUACAAGGACCACCAACGUGUCCACACUGGAGAAAAGCCAUACCGCUGUGAACAGUGUGGGAAGAGUUUUAGUAGCCUAAGUUACUACAAGAGACACCUGCGUGUGCACACUGGGGAGAAGCCUUACCACUGUGAACAAUGUGGGAAGAGUUUCCGUCUCUUAAAUGUUUACAAGAUACACCUGCGUGUCCACACUGGAGAGAAGCCAUACUGCUGUGAACUAUGUGGGAAGAGUUUUAGUUGCCCAAAUUACUACAAGACACACCUGCGUGUACACACUGGGGAGAAGCCAUUCCGGUGUGAACAAUGUGGGAAAAGUUUCCGUGUCUCAAGUGAGUACAAGACACAUCUGCGAGUCCACACUGGAGAGAAACCAUACUGGUGUUCUCGAUGUAAAAGAUUAUUUGCUUGGGCAAAAUCAUUGAAAGUACACCGUUGUGUUGCUGUAGAUGAAGAGAGCUUUGACUGAGUGAAAAAAAAUCUUUUUCCAGCCCAGAAUAGUGCCACCACUCAAAGAUCUGAUUGCCAAAGUUACUUCUGCAGAUCAUCUGCCUGCCACUGCUUCAUAGUAUAAGAUAGAUAGAUUUUUUAUUGUCUUUUCAAGGAAAUGUGUUGCCACAGUCUGUACAUAGCCUCACAUGCAUACAUACAUACAUGCACAGCAUAAACACAAGAUAGACAUUCGAAACAGCAGCAACAUUUGUACAAACAUCCAAUUUAUUUAAUUAUAAAUUAUAUAAUAUAAAAAUAUUUACACAUAAUGGUUACAUAGGUGUUUUGUUGAGUAAUGCUAUGGCAGAUGGGACAAAAUGUAUGCCAUAGCGAGCCCUUUUACGAAGGGCAAUGUAAAAAAUGGGUUGGUGGGUAAAUGGUGUGUAUCUGCUAUGGUGUGUGCUCUGCAUGUAAAAGCUUUGCUGUUCAGGUCUGAGUGAUUGUGGGUGGGGUGACGUUCAGCUGCAGAUAACUGUGUGUGCAUUACUGUGUGAAGUGGGAGAUGCAGUCUAAAUAGCCCAAAACAGGGUUAUUGUCAUUAAGGAGUACGAGGAUGACAUUGUCAUUUGAGUAUUUGAUGUAUGUGGUGAUAGGUGAGGGUCUGAUCCAGUCAUUGGGGUAGUGGGUAAAGCAUUCAACACGGGGUAGCUUUUAUUGUGAAGCAACCACAGGAAGUAGGAAUGUGUUUAUCACUAAUAGCUCUAACUGCACUGCAGUAUGACGUUACAUGAAAUACUUCAAAUGAGGAUUAACGUUCACAGUUUCUCUUGACUGUCCCUCAAUAUUAAACCAUAAGUCCAACAUCACCACAACCUUUAACCAUAUUGCCCAUGCAACAUGCUAACGCCAAGUUCAACAGACUAACCUACAAAACAAACAAACAACAUAAAACAUGGAAGAACUUCAAAGUUUGAAGUUGGUCACAGGCAGCCAGAACAGGGUAUUGAUCAAUGUUUGAGCUUGAAUUGUUAAUUAAUUUAGUGUAAUGUGCACCCAAACAUAUAAAUUAAACAAACAAACAAUAAAGUGAAUCCACUGAGUCUUCACUUCCUCAGAUGAUGGGAGUCGAUAAGUGCUCUCUAUGUAGGCAACAACAGAGCAUUCCUGUGCUCAUCUCUUGGACACAUUCCAGUUUUCCAGUCGUUCUAGGGACAUGUCCAAAAAAAAAGAAAUUAUUUAAUCCAUUGUGUCUUCUCCGCUUUCUAAGAUGGUGGGAGUCUUUUGACCGGUAUCAUGUGUAGUUAGUUAGCCUAAUAAUGUGUGACCUAUAAGAUAUGUUGCCAGGACAAUUUAAAAGGAAAGUUACAUUAUGCUAACGAUUGGUUUUGCCUCCGCUGUCACUGAGAGGUUCACUCAGUGCUCUCCAUCUGUCUGUGGUUUAUGUAUGAGUGUGUGUUCUUUGCUUUUCUCGACAAUCAUAUUGAUGGACCUAACGUUGGUGGGUGUAUUUCUGGGGACACAAGCAAGCGUAAUGUCAAAUUUGGUGCAAUUUGGACAUGCUACUCUUUCAACAAUAUUUAUACUUUAAAUAAACACGUAAACAGCCCUCUGCGUGCAGCGGGGUGGUUUUACUGCCGCUCAGUCCUUAGCAAUACCAGUUGAUAUCAAUGCAUCACAUUGUAUUUGCUCAUACAAAUAUGUCUGCAGACAGAAGUUGGAUAGUACUGUGUGUACGAAACAAAAGUGCUAAUAAACAGAUUACUGACCGAUUUCUUUGUGUAGGAGCGGCUGUGGCUCAUUAGGUAGAGCCUGUCCUUUACUAAUUGUAGGGUCAGUCCCUAGCGCCUCUUCUCAACAUACAUGUUGGAGUCAUGAAUGAAUAAUCAUAAAUUCAUUUUGCAAUAUGAGGUGAUGUUUAAUUUUUGGAGGUAUUUAAUUAGUUAGUAUCUUUGACAUCAUUGCAGUAUUUUGUUUAUUAUUGUUUGUUUGCGGUGAUUUUUAAAAUUUGGGUCACAUGUUUAUGGGCAAUGACAGUAACAUAGAGCACUUUUUCACCUGUAUUUGUGUAAUACUUGGUUGAGAGGGUAAGCAUGGUCACCAUAUUUUUUGUUGGCCGCUAUUUUAUGUUUAAUCACUGUGAUUACUUUGAAGAGGAACUCCACCCUAAAAUGUGUUUGGAGCUGUAAACUCCAUUAUAUGACAGUAUUGUAAACAACACAUCAGUGCUGGUGUUGAAAUUGACAUUAUUAUAAGUAUUAUAAUUUAUGAAAAUCUGCAUUUCAUGGGUUGAAAAUGUCCUUCUACAAAUCACCCUGAGCCCUUUUAAGUCCAGUGCUGAGAUAGAGUUGGGGCUUUUGGGCGACUAUACUUCAUGACAUUUACAUGAAAAAAACGCCCUCUAGUUAGAGGAGAGCAGCCCACCACCCCCAACCUGCUCUUUGAAUGGGAGUUUGUGAAACUGCUGUGCUCAUUUUCAGACGUAUACAGUUGGAGACACGACAUUCACAGGAGUUUAUGCAAUUUUUUGCUAACCCACUAGUAUGUUUCUAUUCUGGCGCAGUGGUUUGGACUUGUGUUUUAGACGGCUGUAGAAACACCAACGAACAGCAAUCCCACACACUGACAGUCAGUAUGUGACACACACAUACCUGACAGUUAGCCUCGCUGAGCCGUUAGCUUGUUAUUGUAAUAAAUAGAGUUGAUUGUAUGUUUAGUGCUGCUAUAAUAUAAUAAACUCUGUUAUAUUGUAAUAAGAA